UCAGCAGGGAACAAUCUCGCGUUCGGACAAAAACACAAACAUCAACAGAGAACGAUUUCUGGCACUGGCAACCUCAGAAAACUUGAUUUUUAUAAAUUUUUAGGCAAUUUCUAAGACAGGAAAUAUGUCUGAAAAGAACAAUCCGGCCCUCGGGGGCAUCCAGAGCACGGCAGGAGCUAUUCCUGUCCGAAAUAAGAAAGGCGAAAUAACCAUGCAAAAAGUCAAGGUGCACCGCUACAUUUCUGGAAAGAGGCCUGAUUAUGCUCCGGACACAAGUUCAGAAGAAGAGUCUGACCGCGAGGAUUUCAUCCAGUCUCAGAAAACCAAAAGAUUUAAAGAGGAGGAAACUGAAAAGAUGAGCAUUGAUGUUGUUCAGGACAGACGUUUAGAACGAUUAAGAAGAAAAGAAAUGGAGAAAUCUGAAGAAGAGGAGGACGACGAAGAUGAUAUUGCAGCUCGCAGACAGAGACGAAGGGCAGUAGUUGAGCCUGAAAUCUUGGAGGGUUCUUCCUCAGAAGAUGAGAAGGAAAGGAGUCAUUCCAUGGGCAAAGUUAUGAUACCUGGUGAUGUGAUGGAAAGUGAUGAUGAUGACGAAGUAACUGAAGAAGACUUGGAACGCAGACGUGCAUUAAUCAGGCAGAAGCUUUUGCAACAACGACGCACUCAAGAAGAAGAGGUUGAUGUUCUCAUGGAGGAUGACGAAAUUAAACGGGAAGAAGAAACUUCAGACGAUACUUCUGAGUACGAGGAAUACACUGACUCUGAGGAAGAAGAUUUGGGACCAAGGUUAAAACCAGUUUUUGUACGCAAAAGGGAGAGGCUCACUGUUGCGGAAAAAGAAAAGUUGGCCGAAAAGGAAAGAUUAGCUGAAAUUGAAGCAAAGCGAGCUGCCGACGAACGGAAACGACAGUCGAUCAAGAUGGUUGAGGAAGAAAUUCGAAAAGAAGCAGCAAAGAAGAAACCUACUGGUGGCACUGAGGGUGCAAAGAUUGAUGAUGUCUGCACUGACGAUGAAAACGAUGAGCUUGAAUACGAAGCUUGGAAAAUUCGAGAGCUGAAAAGGAUAAAGAGGGACAAGGAAGAGAAGGAGCAACUAGAAAAGGAGCGCAUGGAGAUCGAACGAUUGCGAAAUAUGACAGAGGAGCAACGGAGACAGGAGCUUCGCAACAGACCAAAAGUCAUCACAAACAAAGCAGCCAAGGGCAAAUACAAAUUUUUGCAAAAGUACUACCAUCGUGGUGCUUUCUAUUUGGACGAGGAUGAUGAGGUUUACAAACGAGACUUCUCUGGAGCAACUUUGGAGGACCACUUUGACAAGUCUGUCCUGCCCAAAGUCAUGCAGGUCAAAAACUUUGGUCGCUCUGGACGCACCAAGUACACUCACCUUGUGGAUCAAGACACCACUGCCUUUGACAGUCCGUGGUCCCAGGAGACGACUUCUAAAGUGGGAACUCUCAAAUCAACUGCCAGUACCAGUUCAAGUAGGAAUUAGACUUUGGUAAUGUAAAUAUUGAAUUUUCUACCUUGUAAGCAAUGUAAUAAUAUUGUUUCACCAAAAGUGGUGCACUAAACAUGAAAAAAGAAAGUGAAUGUAUUUAAUUUUUUAUCCAAGCCAUAUUAAAAAAAACGACUGCCGCAUAUUUAAAAAAAAAAAGAUUUUAUAACAUUAUCAGGAUUUUACACUCUAAGCUUAUUAUUAAUAAUAUUUCAAGUUUCAACCAUAAUAUAAUAUUUUACAUUACUUCUGAUCAUAAUUAUAUUCCGUGAAAAAAUCUUAUAAACUUCACUAAUGCAAUUUAUUAACUUAUUUUACCUUUCAAAACAUUUGAAGAGGAACCAAACAAAAUAUUUUUUAGUCGUUUGUGGUUAAUUUAACACAGCCUCAAUCACAAUUACAUUAAAUAAGUUAUCAAGGUGCAAACAAUUGAAUCUGUUGUCUGCUGAUCAAAACAGAAUAAUGUUGGCAUAAUUUAUUUUUAAUCAAAUUAGGAUCAAAGUAAAUGAAAUAAAAAGUGAAAUAAUGAAUUAUUUCUUUAAGAGCCCUUA